CGCAGACGUCCACAGCUGCCUAUAUAUGACCCUGCAGCACAGAGCUGCCAGAACUUCAGUUGGAAACUUUCAGCUUUCCAGAGACACUGAGAACUAGAACUAGCUUGAAAUUGCCCGCCAAGUGCUUCUUACACAUAAGACGACUGAUAGACUGAACUAUUGCUUCAAUGUUGACGAUGGAAGAUCCGGUGAAUGGGACCAUGACGAGCCAAGACAUUAGUUUGCAUCAAGGAACACCAAGCCAAGUAACAAAUGGGAAGGAUAACAAUGAGUAUCUUUAUAUUCUGACUGUCAUGGCCUUCUAUGGAAUAUUUCUGAUGGGCAUCAUGCUAGUCUACAUGCGAUCAAAAAAGAGGGAGAAAGAAUCCAAACUUCUUCUACUCUACCAGGACGAGGAGAAGUUGUGGACAGAGAUCAGAAAAAGCACAUCUUCUCUUUCUGUAUCCAAAACUCCCCAGCAGAGCACUAUGUUCUCUAUCCUGCAGGAGAGUUUUGUACCAAGCCGUUUCUGCACUGACUACACUAUAGUGGACAGUAGCCUGAGCUCUGAAUCUUCCUCCUCUGAGGUCCACUUCACCAUCCAAGAAGAAGCUACAGAGGGACCUGCUCAAGAAAAAGCAGUUGAAGAAAAAUCUGAGGAUAAAACACAGAUUUCCUAGCAAUGAACUAAAGAGACAACAAAAGCUCAGGAAUCUAUAGGAUCUCUGCUUAUGGGAUCUUGAGUUUAUGGUCCUGUUGCCUAACAAGCUCCUUUUAGAUAAAGGAAGUACAAAUGUUAUAGGUGGGACAUGUAAAGAUGGACUGCCGUGUAUAGAGGGGUAGCAUUGUCCUCCUUUCAGAUGCAGUGAACUGAAAGGUAUCAUAGGCUUUAGCAUUGACACUGGCCUUAGAAGUAAAGAAGAAGCUGGUCCACACAGUCUAUAGCAUGGGUGAUACGAGCUGAGAAUGAUAAUGAAGCAAAGCUAGAGUUAUCAAGUCAAAGAUGGUUAGAAAUGUUACUACAUAGAAACUAGAGAUGGUGUGAGUCUCUACUGCGAAUACGCUAUACUCUGUUGGAAUAUGGCUAUAGGAAACCAGAAAUUGCUGUAGAUUAGGUCUUGGCAUGGUUUAUUGAAGAAACAGGGUUGUAUAUUUACCGGUGUUAUCUAAAUGAAUUUCACUUUCGUUGUUACAUAUAUCAUGUCACUAGAUGUAUCCUGUACUUGAACCAUGUAGAUUUUCAUUCAUAUUUUCUCUAGUGAUCUGUAGGCCACUAACCUGACCUAAAUCUCCAUAGUGAAACAUGUCAAGUAAAUUAGAAAAUCACCCAGGAAACAAGAAAAAUCCCAAUUUUUAUUCUGUCACUGUGAUGGCCAAACUUGGUCCUUGCGAUCUAUCAUCCAUCUAUGCCUUGAGUUCUCUUCACAGAUUCAGUGCUGAGAUCAUUAGUGUUAAUCUGUGGGUUAUUAGACAACCUGCAGUGACGAUGCACCGCCUUAGAAGUGCAGAGAACAUGCAUUGGUAUGCAAUACUGAGGACCAAGUGUGGUCACCACUGCUCUACAGCUUCCAUUUAUCACUGUCAUUUGGCAACCUUAUCUUAGUGAUGGACUAUUAAGCUGUAGAAUAUAUGAAAUAGUGACACAAUGUUGGCAAAAAUCAAAAUUUUUACCUAUUCAAAUUAGAGUAGAUUAGUUUAAUUAUCAGUGAAUCGCUGUGUAUCUACAAUAUCCUUACUGAAGUACUGAUUACUGUUUUAUAUAAUAUUUUUAGUAGUUUGUCUGUUUUAGAAGACUAACCUUAGUAUUAUUAAAUUUACAAAGGUCAUUUUUUAGUAACUUGCACUAUACCAGGGGUCAGCAACCACCGGCACUCCAGCUGUUGUGAAACUACAACCCUCAGCAUGCUCCAUUCACAGAAGUUUUGAGAACAGCCAAGCAAGUAUGCAUGCUGGGAGUCUUAGUUACACCACACCUGGAGUGCCGAAGGUCGCUGAUGUCUGCACUAUACCAAUCUUUGGUACCUCAACCUGCUUAUUAAAGAGAGUGUACAACAUUUUUUAAAAUGUUCAGAUUUUUUUUUCCAGGAUAAGCACCACUCCUCUCCAUGGUUUGAGUAUGGUAUUAUUACACUUCAUUCCCAUGCACUUCAAUGAGGCUGAGAUGCAGUACCAGUGAUAUCCCGUGGACAGGAGUGGCGCUGUUUCUGGACAAGAGCAGACCAUUUUUCUUAGCCCCUUUAGGAGCUGUAACACUAAUAAUCCUUUUGUAUAAAUCCCAUAACUUGUAAUAGAUGGGACAACAUAUAAAACAAAGAUGUGACCUGGAAGAACCCCCUCAUAUGACUACAUGCAGACAUUUUGCUGUGAAGUAUUUAACAUUUCUAUUUAUAGGAAAAUGUAGAUGGUAGAGAGCGGGCUCCUCUCCUCAUUACUCACUUUGUGUUAGGGCUGCAACGAGUACUCUAUUAAAUCGAGUAAUUCAACAACAAAAAACUUUGCAUCGAGGAUUUGUUUGUGUGACGUCAGGCCCAGAGCAGCGCGGAACGAUGGAGUGUCGGCGGCGCCCCUGCUGGAAACAUAAGUUGGAAACACCGAGGGGGUGGGGGCGCGACUAAGGCCGGGCGCCUGGAGUGCACAGCGUCAUAGCAACCAAUGACGCUUUCCACUCCGGGUGUCAGGAGGAGGGCAGGUUGGGCUUUCAUGGACCGUGCGUCCAUGGUUUAACUGAAGUGUGGCCUGGCCUUAGGGGAAAGAUGGCACAAGGGGAGCAGAGAUGAUGGCACAAGGGGGGAAGAGAUGAUUGCACAAGGGGGAGAGACGAUGGCACAAGGGGGAGUGGAACUGGUGGAACUGAUGGAACCGGGGUGGGGGAGAGCUGAAGGCACCAGGGUGGGGGAGAGCUUAUGGCACUGGGGUGGGGAGAGCUGAUGGCACUGGGGGAGUGGAGCUGAUGGCACUGGGGUGGGGGAGAGCUGAUGGCACUUUGUGGGGAGAGCUGAAGGCACUGUGGGAAUGGAGCUGAACGCACUGAGGGAGUGGAACUGAAGGCACUGGGGUGGGGGGAGAGCUGAAGGCACUGGGGGAAUGAAGCUGAUGACACGGGGGAAGCUGAUGGCACUGGGGUAUAGUGGAGCUCUUGGGACUGGGGGGAACUAAUGCACUUGGGCUGAUCGCACAAGGGGGAACGAAGGGUGUUGGGGACUGAUGGCAGGGGGUCUGAUGAUUUUUUAUAAAGGAAAACAGUAAUUUCAUUUUUUCUUAUUAGAGUACUCAAAUAAUCAUUCAUAAAAAUAAUCGGUAGAAUACUUGAUUGCUAAAAUAAUUGUUAGCUGCAGCCCUACUUUGUGUCCUCUGGUGGUUACACUAUAUGGUGCUAUGUAAAUAAAAGAUGAUAAUUAUAA